AUGGAACUGCAAGUGAUUCAGCUGGAUCAAGAAAAACUGAGCUGUUCCAUCUGCUUGGAUCUUCUUAAGGAUCCAGUCACCAUCCCCUGUGGGCACAGCUACUGCAUGGGCUGUAUCAGAAACUACUGGGAUGAGAAUGAAAUGCACAACUGCCCUCAGUGCAGGCAGACUUUCAUACCGAGGCCUGUCCUGGUGAAAAACACCAUUUUAGCUGAGUUAGUGGAGAACCUAAAGAAAGCAGCACUUCCAGCAGCUUCACUGCAUCAUUCCUAUGCUGGACCUGGAGAUGUGGCCUGUGAUUUCUGUUCUGGGAAGAAGCUGAAAGCUUUCAAGUCUUGUCUGGUGUGUAUGGCCUCUUACUGUGAGCUGCACCUUCAGCCUCACUACAACAUAGCUCCUUUAAAGAAACACAACCUCAUCAAAGCCACUUCAAAGCUUCAGGAGAACAUCUGCAAUCUCCACGAUGAGGUGAUGAGGAUUUUCUGUCGCACUGAUCAGCAGUGUAUCUGUUAUCUCUGUUUAAUGGAUGAACACAAAGGCCAUGUCUCAGUGUCAGCUGCAGCAGAGAGAGCUGAGAGGCAGAAAGAACUGGCAGGAAAUCAGCAAAAAAUCCAACAGAGAAUCCAGGACAGAGAGAAAGAUGUGAAGAUACUUCUGGAGGAGGUGGAGACUAUGAAUUGUUCUGCUGAAAAAGCUUUGAAGGAAAGUGAGGAGAUGUUCAAAGACUUGAUCAGACUCGUUCAGAAAAAAAGCUCUGAGGUGAAGAAGAUGAUCAAAUCCAAGCAGAAAAGUGAAGAGAGUCGAGUCAGAGAGCUUCAGGAGAAGAUAGAGCAGGAGAUCCGAGAGCUGAGGAGGAGAGACACUGAACUGCAGCAGCUCUCACUGACAGAGGAUCACCUCCAUUUUCUAAACAGCUACUCCUCACUGUCACAUCUGAGUGAAUCUACAAACAUACCCACCACCAACAACCUCACUCUGCAGUACUUUGAGGAUGUAACACCAGCUGUAUCAAAGCUCAGAGAUAAACUGCAGGCAGCUCUGAGUGAAGAGCCUUCAAAGACCUGGCUGAAAAUUACUGAAGUGGCUCCAACAGAGCCUUUAACCAGACCUGAGUUUUUGAAAUACGCCUGUCGAAUCACACUGGAUCCAAACACUGCAAAUCCAUAUUUAUUUCUCUCUAUGAACAACAGAAAGGCAACACUGAUGCAAGUCGCACAGUUGGUUUCUGUUCAUCCAGAAAGGUUCUUGCAGUGGUGGCAGGUGAUGAGUUCUGAUGCUUUGACUGGAUGUUGUUACUGGGAGGUGAAGUGGCAUGGUAAAGUUUUAAUUGCAGUUGCAUACAAAGACAUUAGCAGAACAGGAAACAGGAUUAAAUGUGGAUUUGGAAAUAAUGAGAAAUCGUGGGCAUUAGAAUGUCAGACUGGUUUUUAUAUAUUCAGACACAACAACCUUACCACUUACAUCUCAGGCCCCCAGUCCUCCAGAGUGGGAGUACAUUUGGAUCACAAGGCAGGUAUUCUGUCUUUCUACAGUGUCACUCAAACCAUGAAUCUCCUCCACAGAGUCCAGACCAGGUUCACUCAGCCUCUCUAUGCUGGAUUUUGGCUUCCAGUAUUUGUUGGAGACACUGUUGAGUUGUGUGAAUUAAAGUAG